AUGAAAACACAUUUAAGAGAAUUGAAAAUUCAACUACUCGAAUAUUUCUCGUUUGCCAAAUUAUCAGUUGAGACUCACAACCAACUGAUAGAAUUAUCAGCUGAUAAGAAAUUACAGCUACAAUUUGGAUUUCAAGAUUUAAAUAAGGUUUGGAUUGCCCGGAAAAAUGAAUAUGGAAGUGAGGUAACAGAGGCAUUGAAAAUUUUGAUUCCGUUAGCUACUUCUUAUUUAUGCGAAAAAGGAUUCUCAUCCAUGGUGGCAAUAAAAACUAAGUACAGAAAUCGUUUGUUAUCACUAGAAAAUAACUUACUUUUAUGUGUUUCAGAUGUUGAACCACAAAUUAAGCAACUUUUAAAUGUAAAACAAGUUCAAAGAUCACACUAA